CGGGAGACAGCUGGAGACAGCUGGAGAUAAUGGCAUCUUGAUCAAUAACCACCAACCUACGUGGGAGCCACCUCGCUGUUGACAAUGACCCCUUCAGCGACUCACCAUAUGUCUGUCGCCCCGAAGCUCGACGUAUAAAAGAGCUCUCAGAUCCCAGCCCAAGCAAUGGAGGAGGCACAGUGCAACAGACUUGCUGCUGCGCCACUGACCCCAAGCGCAUAUCAAUCAAGGCCUCUCGAACACCAGCCUACAGUCAUUUCAACCGCCAAAUAUGGAGUAUCAAUACCUCGGCAGGAGCGGACUCAAGGUCUCCAAGGUCAUCCUAGGAGCCAUGUCCUACGGCACCCCAGAAUGGCAGGGUUGGGUGUUGAAUGAGGAAGAUUCGUUGCCCCUCCUGGAAUAUGCCUACAAGGUCGGCAUCAGAACAUGGGAUACCGCCGACGUGUACAGCCACGGCCGAUCCGAGGAGAUCAUUGGCAAAGCAAUCAGGAAAUACAAUAUUCCCCGAGAACGCCUGGUGAUACUGAGCAAGUGCUACUUCGGCGUGACUCCAGACACUCCUGGCAACGCGAUUAGUGUCAGCUCGAUCAACGAUGGCGACAUGCUGAACCAAAUGGGGCUCAGUCGCAAACACAUCAUCGACGCUGUGGAUAAGAGUGUUGCACGACUGGGUACCUACAUCGACGUUCUGCAGAUUCAUCGCCUAGACCGAUCGGUCCCCCGCGAAGAGAUCAUGAGAGCACUUAAUGAUGUUGUCGAGUCUGGAAAAGUCCGCUACAUUGGCGCCUCUAGCAUGGCAGCGUGGGAGUUCCAGGAACUGCAGAAUGUCGCGGACAAGCACGGGUGGCACAAGUUCAUCUCGAUGCAGAACUACUACAACCUGCUCUACCGGGAAGAGGAGAACGAAAUGAUCCCUUACUGCAACCACACAGGCGUCGGGCUUGUGCCAUGGUCGCCCGUCGCGCGAGGAGCUUUGACUCGCCCCUUCAACAACCGAGAAACCCUCCGUGAAAAGACUGACAACUACCUCAAGGCUCAGAUUCGCUCGAGGGAAGACAAGGUCGACGAGGAGAUCGUGGGCAGGGUCGAGAAGGUGGCCCAGAAGAUGGGCAAGACCAUGGCCCAGAUUGCCAUUGCCUGGUGCCUGAGCAAGAAGGACGUCUGCCCGAUCGUGGGCUUGAACAAGAAGGAGAGGAUGGACGAGGCAGUCGAGGCGUGCAAGAUUGAGCUGAGUGACGAGGACAUCAAGUACCUCGAGGAGCCGUACAUGCCAAAGAAGAAGCAAGGCUAUUGAUCUGACGAUGGUCAUGGUGGUCUAAGAAUACAGUGACAUCCUGAUCCAAGUCUUUGACUGUCAAGAGUUCCACUACUGGUGUAUGUGAAUCUCAGUCCAUUGUCCCUCGUGAUCGGUAUGUUGAUUCCAACGCGUUGCACUUGGC